AUGCGCUCAAUACCGGCUUCACUACGAGUUGGAUCUGGUACAAUCUCACCAACGAGCAUCUCCACGACCCUCCCUGCCUCCACCCUCAUCCGCAUCUUGCCCUCCAACACCCGCUUCUCCUCCACCAACACUCGAUCACCACGACCACGACCACCCCUCCUCAAGCUCUGCAACGCACAUCUAAAAACACUCCCCUCUACCCGCACUUUAGACUGGACCAUCAACGAUCACGCCGCAGAGGAAUGCUGGGCGAUCAUCGCGCCAGCCUCCGAACAAGGUGGCUGCGUGCGUCGUGAACUUGUCGAUAUCCUUUCCGCUCGUAUUCCUCCUCGCCUUUCUCCUUGCAAUCUCCGACACCCACCCGCUCAUCCAUUUCUUUUACAUCCAUCGCAACCAGAUGCACCUCCCCGCGCUGCAAGUCAGCUGAUCAAGCUUGUUUCCUUCGCAACCAAGAUCCGCCGGCCAUCUUGUGGGUCUGGCGAAUCUACCAACUACUUGGCGCGCUAUGGUGCGAUUCGCGAUCAAGAUCGAACUACCUUGUAUGAGAGAUUGAUGGAUUCCUUGGAUUGUCCUCUGGGGUUGGUUGCACGCCAGAGGUUUCUGCCGGAUCCAUUUGCAACUGCUUCCACCGAGGAGGUGGCGUUGUUCAAGUACAAGUCCUGCUGGGAGAGAGAAAAGGCGUUGGACAAGGCAAAGGAGGCGGAUAGGAUGAUUAGAAAGAUGGCACCACUUUUGCUUAUUACAGAUGAGUUGCUUGAUAGUCCUGUCAUUGCGCUUUCCAAUGGACAAACCAGGCGGGCGAGGAUUUUGAGUAGUUUGAUUGUAGGCGCAGAGGUGGUUGUGUUGGAAGAACCUUUUUCGGGAAUCGAUGCGGAUACGAGGCUCAAGUUGAGUGAGUUGUUUAGGCAAUUGCAUGCUGCUAGGAGUCCAAGGUUGGUUUUGGUGCUGAGAGAGCAGGAUGCCAUUCCGGAUCUUGUAACGCAUGUUCUGAGAGUGAAUGAUCAAGGCGAGAUUACUUACCUCGGUCCCCGUAACAACACCUGCGAACCGAGUCGAGCGGAGAAGGCGGGAGCAAAGCAACCAGGUCCAACCCAAAUCCGCAACAACGCUGCACUCAACAUUGGGAGAGGAAACACCUCUCUCCCCGCCAUCAUAUCCCUUUCCUCUGUGUCGAUCCAGUACGGCCAAAAGGUGAUCCUUGACAAUGUCUCUCUAAACAUACAUCCCUCAACGCGACUCAUCCUAGCCGGAGACAACGGGUCCGGGAAAACCACUCUUCUGGCCCUCCUCCUCGGUGACCAUGCGAAAUCAUUCUCCUUCCCCUCCGCCUCUCUAUCCCUCUUCUCGCACGCACGAGACCAUCCUUCGAACGCGCGCAGCCUACUUAAUCGACGUACAGGCCAUCUUUCACCCGAGCUGUUCAACGCAUUCCCGCGCAAAGCGCUCUCAACAGGAGGCCUUACUGUCGGACAAGUGGUCGCAUCUGGUUUCGAAAAUCUUUUCUCUCCCCGCAAGUAUACCCAAUCGCAAAAAGAAAGAGUUGACGCUCUCCUCCACCUAUUCGCUGAUCUCAUCAAACCCACUCGAGAUGCAACAGUCUCAUCGCAGACCGAGCAAGUGCAAGAAUGCUCGGCUAGACCGUUUAACGAAUUGACUCAUUCCUCUCAAGCACUCGUUCUAUUUCUGAGAGCUGUAGUUGCAAAUCCGCAGCUGUUAGUUCUCGAUGAACCUUUCCAAGGAAUGGACAAGUAUCAGGUUGAACGCAUUCGUCGGUUUAUUGAUGAACCGGAAAACUUGCCCAUUGGUGCAACACCCGAGCUUGUCGCUGAGGAUCUGAGAGAAAGGAGACAAAUGGCAAUAGUUCUGGUGAGCCAUUACCAAUCCGAAUGGCCUCUUACUUUCGGCUCCCUGUUGCGUCUCAAUGAAGGUCGUGUUGUAGAGCAGAUCUGA